AUUGUUAAAUAAAAAAUACUAAAAAUAUCUGGAUUAUAUUUAUUAUCCGACCAAAAGUGUCUCUGAGCUUGAGAUUGAUAGCCAUGGAACUCUGUACUCAUACCUUCAAAACUUCUCUCUUUUUCAACCCUUCUUUCUCUCUUCCUUCUUCUUCUUCUUCUUCAAAUUCUCAUCUUCUUCGUUUCAACAAUACUCUUAAACCCUUCAAAUUCAGUUCCUUCAAUCUCUCAUCUUUCAUUCAACCUUCUCUUUAUCAUCAUACUUCUUCUCCAUUCACUAUUUCAGCUUCUUCUUCUUCAGUUGAACUUUUCUCAGAAAAUGAUCGUCUUCCAGCUGAAUUGAAGGUUUCUGAAACAACAGAAUCCAAUUCCAGAGUUAGAUUGCAUGUGGAGGUGCCACCAAUAGUAUGCAAGGACUGUUACGAAAGGGUCCUAGUUGAGUUUACGAAGCAGGCAAAGAUAUCUGGAUUCCGUCCUGGAAAACCGGUCCCGGAAAGUAUUCUUCUUAGUUAUGUGGGGAUUAAAAACGUUCAAAAGGCUGUGAUUGAAUCAAUAUUGAGGAGGACACUUUCACACGCUGUGACAACGGUUACUGGAAGGGCUUUGCAGGACUCCGUACGUAUAGUUACUAAAUUUUCUGAGAUGGAGGGAACAUAUUCUUCUCACGGGCUUCUUAGAUAUGAAGUCAUUGUUGAUGUUGCGCCAGAAAUCAAAUGGAUUUCUGAUGAUGCAUACAAAAAUUUGAAGGUUGUGGUUGAGAUAGACAAUGAAAUAGAUGCUCACAUAGCAUCUGAAAAAGAAUUUAGAAGGCGGUACAAGUCUGCCGGUGUACUGAAAGUUGUUACUGAUAGAGGACUACAGAUUGGUGAUGUUGUUGUACUUGACAUCUCAGCAACAACCAUUGAUCAAGAUGAAUCAAAUAUCAAAAGUAUUCCUUCAGCUGAAAGUAAAGGAUUUAAUUUUGAUACAGAUGAUAGUGAAAUAUUAGUACCAGGUUUCCUUGAUUCUAUAAUUGGAAUAAGUCGAGGUGAAACAAAGUCAUUCCCCAUUGUUUUUCCGGAAACUUGGAAGCAGGAAAAUCUCUGCGGUGUUCAUGCUCAGUUUACUGUUGAGUGCAAAGAACUUUUUUACAGAGAUUUACCAGAGCUGGAUGAUUCUAUUGCUGAUAAGCUUAUCCCUGGAUGCACCACAGUGGAAGAGGUCAAAGAGUUAUUGUUACAUAGAUUCCAAGAGAUAGAGCAAACAGCUAGGGAACAAGCAACCGAUAAUGCUAUAUUAGAUCAUAUUUCUAAGAUGGUAGAAGUUGAUAUACCUCCAUCCUUGUUUGAGGAACAAGGUAGACAGCUUUAUGGAUCCAGCCUAUUAGAAAUGCAGACAAAAAUAAAACUAAAUGAGCAGCAGCUAGCUACUCUAUCAAGUCCAAAGGCCGUGAAUGAAUAUCUUGAGCAUCAUAGGGAAAAUAUAAAAAAUUUAAUCAAACAGAACCUGGCAGUUGGUGACAUAUAUAGGCGUGAAAAUCUGCAGCUUCCUACCGAAGACAUUGUGAAAGAGGUUGAGAAUUCCAUUGCUGAAUUCAAACGUCAACAACAAGAGUAUGAUGAGGAGCGGGUAAAAGAACAGGUUCAAGAAAUACUAGAAGGAGCUAAGGUGCUUGAAUGGUUGAAAGAACGUGCAGAGAUUCAGUAUAUAACAAGAUGAGAGACGACCACCGACCAAAACAAAUUAGGAAAGUGAAAUUGCAGAUCCAUUUAAAGGGUUUUCUUUCGGCCAAUGUAAGUUACAAGAAAAUUAACUAUUCUUGAUUGAAUUUGUAGUAAUAAUUUUAAGAAUAGAACCAUGUAUUACCAGUGAUGAUUAUAAAUCUUUCCAUUGAAAGUAGAAAGCAAUAACAAAACAGUAGGAAAUAGUACAGAUUCUAUUUAAAA